AUGGGCGUAGACUUCGACGUGAAGACCUUCUGCCACAACCUGCGGGCCACCAAACCCCCCUACGAGUGCCCGGUGGGCACCUGCCGCAAGAUCUACAAGAGCUACAGCGGGAUCGAGUACCACCUCUACCACUAUGACCACGACAACCCCCCUCCGCCCCAGCCCCCCCCCCUGCGCAAGCACAAGAAGAAGGGGCGCCAGGCCCGCGCUGCCAACAAGCAGUCGCCCAACCCCUCCGAGACCUCCCAGUCGCCGGGCCGUGAGGUGAUGACCUACGCCCAGGCCCAACGCAUGGUGGAGGUGGACCUGCACGGCCGUGUCCAUCGCAUCAGCAUCUUCGAUAACCUCGACGUGGUGUCCGAGGACGAGGAGGUGCCCGAGGAGGUGCCUGAGAACGGCAGCAAUAAGGAGAACACGGAGACACAGAGCGUCCCACCCAAAUCCGGCAAGCACAAGAACAAGGAGAAGCGCAAGGACUCCAACCACCAUCACCACAAUGCCUCAGCUGGCACCACCCCCAAGCUCCCUGAGGUGGUGUACCGGGAGCUGGAGCAGGACACCCCCGACGCCCCACCUCGCCCCACCUCUUACUACAGGUACAUUGAGAAGUCAGCAGAGGAGCUGGAUGAGGAGGUAGAGUACGACAUGGACGAGGAAGAUUACAUCUGGCUGGACAUCAUGAACGAGCGGCGGAAGACCGAAGGCGUGAGUCCCAUUCCCCAGGAGAUCUUUGAGUACCUGAUGGACCGGCUGGAGAAGGAGUCCUACUUUGAGAGCCACAACAAGGGAGAUCCAAAUGCCUUGGUGGAUGAGGAUGCUGUCUGUUGCAUCUGCAACGACGGGGAGUGUCAGAACAGCAACGUCAUCCUCUUCUGCGACAUGUGCAACCUGGCUGUGCAUCAGGAAUGCUACGGGGUGCCCUACAUCCCGGAGGGACAGUGGCUCUGCAGACGGUGCCUGCAGUCACCCUCACGAGCUGUGGACUGCGCCCUCUGCCCAAACAAGGGGGGGGCCUUCAAGCAGACGGACGAUGGGCGCUGGGCACAUGUGGUCUGUGCCCUCUGGAUCCCGGAGGUGUGCUUUGCCAACACUGUCUUCCUAGAGCCCAUUGACAGCAUUGAGCACAUCCCACCCGCACGCUGGAAGCUGACCUGUUACAUUUGCAAGCAGCGUGGCUCUGGGGCUUGCAUCCAGUGUCACAAAGCCAACUGCUACACUGCCUUCCACGUCACCUGUGCCCAGCAGGCCGGGCUGUACAUGAAGAUGGAACCCGUCCGGGAGACGGGGGCCAACGGUACCUCCUUCAGCGUGCGCAAAACUGCCUACUGCGACAUCCACACACCGCCGGGCUCCGUGCGCAGGCUUCCCGCCCUCUCCCACAGCGAAGGGGAAGAGGAGGACGAGGAGGAGGAGGAGGAGGGGAAGGGCUGGAGCUCUGAGAAAGUGAAAAAAGCAAAGGCCAAGUCUAGGAUCAAGAUGAAGAAAGCGCGGAAGAUCCUGGCAGAGAAACGAGCCGCAGCGCCCGUGGUUUCUGUGCCCUGCAUCCCCCCACACAGGCUCAGUAAGAUUACAAACCGUUUAACCAUCCAGAGGAAGAGCCAGUUCAUGCAGAGGCUGCACAGCUACUGGACUCUGAAAAGACAGUCCCGCAACGGUGUCCCUCUGCUCCGCCGCCUUCAGACACACUUGCAGUCACAAAGAAACUGCGACCAGAGAGACACAGAGGAUAAGAACUGGGCCCUGAAGGAGCAGCUGAAGUCAUGGCAGCGCCUCCGCCAUGACCUAGAGCGUGCACGCUUGCUGGUGGAGCUGAUACGCAAGCGGGAGAAGCUCAAGAGAGAGACGAUCAAAGUGCAGCAGGUAGCACUGGAAAUGCAGCUGACCCCCUUCCUCAUCCUCCUCCGCAAGACGCUUGAGCAGCUGCAGGAGAAAGACACGGGCAACAUCUUCAGCGAGCCGGUCCCUCUGUCUGAGGUCCCAGACUACCUGGAUCACAUCAAGAAGCCGAUGGAUUUUCAGACAAUGAAACAAAACCUGGAAGCCUAUCGCUAUCUGAAUUUCGACGACUUUGAAGAGGAUUUCAACCUGAUUAUCAACAACUGUUUGAAAUACAAUGCCAAAGACACAAUCUUCUACCGGGCAGCCAUCCGUCUGCGAGAGCAGGGAGGUGCCGUUCUCCGGCAGGCUCGCCGGCAGGCAGAGAAGAUGGGCAUUGACUUUGAGACAGGCAUGCACUUCCCCCACUGUGUAACGGUGGAAGAGGCUCAGGUCCAAGACAUUGAGGACGAAGAUGUGCGGCUGCUGCUCUCAGAGAAUCAGAAGCACCUGCCCUUGGAGGAGCAGCUGAAGAUCCUGCUGGAGCAGCUGGAUGAGGUCAAUGCUGGCAAGCAGAGCAUAGGACGGUCCCGCCGGGCCAAAAUGAUCAAGAAGGAGAUCACAGUCCUACGGCGAAAACUCGCUCACCCACGGGACCUGGGCCGAGAUGGGCUGGAGCGGCACGGCUCCUCUGCCAGGGGAGUCCUUCAGUCGCACAACCCCUGUGAGAAGGACCUACAGACAGACAGCGCUGCAGAAGAGAGCAGCAGCCAGGAGACUGGCAAAGGUACUGGUCCCUCCAGAAUUCUGCUGGGGAGCGGUGGAGAACCACCUCUGGGGAAGAGGCCACCCUGUUGGGUGCCUCCUGAGGCAGGAGGGCUGUCCCUGCACACACCUCACUCUUCACUCCCCCUUAGGAGCAGGGCAGAUGGCCUCUCAGGGGGUAGUCCCUUAUCUGCCAUCCCCCUGCGAGGGUUCCUCCGGCAGAGGAAGCGAGGGCGAAGCCCACGCCCCAGCUCCAGCUCGGACAGUGACAGCGAUAAGUCCACUGAAGAUGCUCCCAUGGACCUGCCAGCCAACGGUUUCAGCAGCGGGAACCAGCCAGUGAAGAAGAGCUUCCUGGUGUACCGCAACGACUGCAAUCUUCCCCGGAGCAGCUCCGACUCAGAGUCCAGCAGCAGCAGCAGCAGCAGCGCCGCCUCGGACCGUACCAGCACAACGCCCUCCAAGCAGGGCAGGGGCAAGCCCUCCUUCUCCCGAGUGAACUUCCCAGAAGACAGCAGUGAGGACACGUCGGGGACAGAGAACGAGUCCUACUCCGUGGGCACGGGACGAGGCGUGGGGCACGGCAUGGUGCGCAAGGGCAUGGGCCGCGGCGCGGGAUGGCUGUCGGAGGACGAGGAUUCCUCCCUGGAUGCCCUGGACCUGGUGUGGGCCAAGUGCCGGGGGUACCCCUCCUACCCGGCGCUGAUCAUUGACCCCAAGAUGCCGCGGGAAGGCAUGUUCCACCACGGGGUCCCCAUCCCCGUGCCCCCCCUGGAGGUGCUGAAGCUGGGGGAGCAGAUGACUCAGGAAGCACGCGAGCACCUCUACCUUGUCCUCUUCUUCGACAACAAGCGCACUUGGUAA